CUUCCGGUAGCGCAGGUUGGACAUAAAGUGACAUACUUCACCUCGUUAAAAUUGGAAGAAAAACCAAAGGACGACGCGUUACAAGUUUGUAAACAGUAAGGAACCAACACGAGACAAGCAGGUUGUGAACAGUUUGUGGAUAACCUGAGAUUGUGAUGAUUUUCAGACAUGGACGACAUAAACCUUCAUUAUCGCUUUCUGAAUUGGAGGAGACGAAUUCGAGAAAUUCGUGAGGUGCGUGCGGUGCGAUACCGGGAGCGGCUCAAAAGGAUGCUGAGAGACGGAGACAUACUCAGGUAUCAUGGGAAUUCAGAUGAAGUUGGUUGUUUUGUGGCUGCCAGGCCAUUGUCGAGAAGAAAUCGCUAUUAUGAAGUGACCCUCAUCGAUACAGGAGUGAGGGGGAUGAUUGCUGUCGGUUUGGUGCCUCAGUCCUACAAGCUGGACCAUCAGCCGGGCUGGCUGCCGAACUCUGUGGCUUUUCAUGCCGAUGAUGGCAAGCUGUAUAAUGGCAACACUGUAGGGCAGCAGUUUGGUCCAAAAUGCUGCAGAGGUGACAGAAUUGGCUGUGGAAUAUCCCUGGACUCUGAUGAUGGGCAGUUAACUGUGUUUUUUACCAAGAAUGGCAAGGAAGUUGGCAGCGUGGAAAUCCCAGCAUCUCCUGAUGCUCUCUAUCCUGCCGUGGGAAUGCACUCUCUUGGGGAAGAAGUGCUGCUGGACCUGAACGCUGAGUGGGGGACGGAGGACGACGAUGGACAGAUGAUAGUGGAUAGUCACGAAGAGGACUGGAGCCGCCUUCAUGACGUUAGGGUGACUGGCACACUGCUGGAGUAUGUGGGUAAAGGGAAGAGCAUCGUGGACGUGGGCUUGGCUCAGGCCCGUCGGCCUCUCAACACACGCUUCCACUACUUUGAACUGGAGAUCACAGAUGCUGGAGAGAAGUGUUACAUUGCCCUGGGACUGGCACGCAGGGACUAUCCCAAAAACAGACAUCCAGGUUGGAGCAGAGGGUCCAUAGCCUAUCAUGCAGAUGAUGGAAAGUUGUUCCAUGGCAGUGGGGUCGGAGACCCAUUUGGACCACGCUGCUUUGAAGGGGACAUUAUGGGCUGCGGGAUCAUGUUUCCACGUGACUACAGUCUGGAUAGUGGAGAUGACGCAGAUGACUGGGACCUUGAGGUGUUUCCCAAGCCCAGCGAGGUUCAGAAUGACUUGUAUGCAAACAAUGAAGAUGAGGGGGACGAGGGAGAGUAUUUAGAGGGGAGGAAGGUCACGGUGUUCUUCACCAGAAAUGGAAAGGUGGUGGGUCGGCGGGAAGUGGCCUUACCUGUGGGAGGCUUAUACCCCACGAUUGGCAUGAUGAGCACUGGUGAGAAGGUCAGAGUGGACCUGCACCCCCUCAGUGGCUGAGCAGAGUGGAGAAAAUGAAAACUGAAGAGUGGAGUGGAGCAAGGAAGAAUGAUUGAGCUCUGGUACAUUUUGGAGAUCAGAUUUUAAAUAAUACCUCCACACCGACGGGCUCCAAGGUGUGACUUGAAAAGUCACUCCAGUGUAGGGGAGGGGGGACAAGGCUGUGGCGCCUUCAUGCUGUAAGAAUGAUCAGAAUAAUGUAUGUUACUUUUACAUGUGUGCCUCAGAGAAGUGUGCUUUAUAAAGAAAUGGUUUUCCAAAAAAAAAAAAAGUUAAACCAGGGCUUCAUGAGGGUUAAACACUAUUUAUUACAAUUUCAUCAGAGAGUAAAGUUAAUAUAAUAACAUAUAAUGCCCCCAGAAAGGGUCUUCCUGGAAUAAUAAUCGUAAAGAUCCAAUCAGAGCAGACUCCAGCUUACAAGCGGACCCUCUUAUCAGCAGUCAUACGCAUCGGCAGAUAUGUAGCGCCACUCUCACAGCCUGCAGCCACACUGUGAUCACUAUCUGAGCUCCGCUGUACUUCUUUCAGUCGGCGGUGUGUUACUGACACUCAGUGGUGAGAGUCAAAAAUAAUGCUCAGAAAGUCUUCCAAAAAACGUGCACUGAAUGAGCAGGAAAAGCUAGCUGCUUUAGCAUUAGCAUUGGUCCUGUACAAGUGCGGGUGCUUUUUCUGAGUCAUUACAGCAUGUUGGCAACUGUACAAGCCACACGCAUUAGGCAUUAUGGGAUAAUUAAAUGCAAUAACAAUUUGUUGAAAUUAAAUCCAAACCGUCAUUAUGACCUUUAAUUGUGAUAUUUAAAAGCUCAAUUCCAUCCAGGUUGGUUUUUCUGUGUACCUGUUGUGGUUUUUUUUUUCUGUCAUUAAAUGUAGCCAUAAUCACUUCAAAAUCUUCAAAACCAAAAAAUAUCAGAAGAAGAACCCAAAAGAAAUGUAGACCAGACUGAGGUGAUUGUAUGGGUCUAGUGAUACAUCAAAAUUCAUACUGUUUUGAGCGGGUUUUUCCAGUAUUACGUAUUUGCUGAGUGUAACUACACACAUGUUCCUGGAGCUUGCCUUACACAUUGACACACAAACAAAGAAGAUUGCUGAUCCUUAAUGAUACUUAAUGCCAAACUCGGUGAAGCCUUUGGAUAGACUGAACUUCACAGAAAAAAGACCUUUGAAGUUAAGGGUGGAUUCUGUGGAUUAUGAGGUAUUUUUGGCCUCAAAAAGGGAAAACCGUGAAGGGGAAAUUCUCUGUGGUGUUAAACCCUGUCAGGACAAGAAUAAUUAAGGACAUAGUGUAACAGUAAAUUUCUUAUUAGUCUUACAUUUGAUUAUUUUAUUAGAGACCUGAAUGUUAAAAAUGAAGCCAUACUGUAACUAAUAUUUGCUGCUCUCAGGUAUAUUUGAAAAUCAAAAUGAGAUACCUUGUCUUUUUUAUUGUUAUUUUUGAGGUUUUGCUGUAUGUUGGACCAUUGACACAAUCUUUUAAUGCAUUUUUUUUCUUUUGUUUAGUUUCAAACUUAGUUGUUGCUUUACUAUGAAUCCAUCUUUUUUUGCAUUGAAGACUAUCAUAGUGGAAGAGUUUUGGCAGUUUUUUCCCCUAAUUCAUUUCAACUUACAUUAACAAAUUUUCUUUUUGUGAUGCCAGAUUUUACACACAACUCCUACCUUUUGCCAAAACUGUAGAGAUAAAAGUGCUGCUUCCUGGUAUCAAUUCAUACUACACUUGUAAACCGAGUUCUCUGCAGACUUGUGUGCUACAGGUUAUUCAUAAACAUAAAAAAUAGGCUCAUUAUGGCUGGUGACAACUGCAAUUUUUGAAGGGCUCAAACUUUGGUCUUCAUAUUGAAAAUGACUUUUUUUCAUACAUAAAUAGAAGUACUUGAUUGAUGCUGAUGUAAGUAGGCUUUACAACCAGACUGCUUUUCAACAUUGGACCUAAUGACCUAAUGAGCAAAGCACCUGCGUGAAAAGGUCCAGUCUGGAACCUUUAUUAAAUGAUAUGCCUGGUUGUAAGGUCCAGGUGAAGACUCUGCAGCUCAUGGAAAAGACUGGGAAAAAAAAUGCGUAUUGGACUCCAUAAUGUGUUGGGAUGUUCAUCUGAAUUGCAUCCAGGAAAUGUCUCCCUGGUUGUGGAGAUGCUUUAAAAACUCUGAUGUUCGUGUGAUGCUCAACUGCUGCUAACUGUGUCCUGAGGAAACUCUGCCCAUCAUUACAUCAGCCUGUACUGGAGAUACGGUCUGCUCAUGUUUUUCAUUAUCAUUGUCUAGUUUUGUUGAUUCAUUCUCUUUUUGCAUGGGAGCUAAUAAUGUAUUCUGUUGCCUGUUGGCCACCUUCCACUUGCAUUUACUAUUUAGUCCAACUUUAUCUUUUUUUGUAAUUAAUCACAAUGUUAAACACAAUCACUGCAUCUAUCAGUCCAGCCCUUGUGGACACCCUUUUCAUGCAUGUUUUCCUUUUACCUUGACUUUUCUCUUGUUCCCACUCGUCUCUUUUCACUUGAAGCAAUCAGAAAAAAACUAUGUAAAAGCAAAUUUCAAAAAUAUUACAGUCACUACACCAGUAA